AUGAGUUCUUUGAACUUGGUCGCGAUCUUCCUUCUUGCAUUGCUAGCUAGAUUCGAACCGUCAUCGGGGGUUUGCCUCGGCCGACGACAUGCAAACGUCGUAAACAAGCUCGAGAACCGUGAGACGUUGAUGAUCCAUUGCUGGUGGAACAGUGAAGAUAUGGGGACACGAAACCUGGAGUACGAUGAAGAAUUCAAAACGGCGUUCAUGGACGUGUUUACUUUCCAGCAUGCAAACAUCGGAUGCGACAUGGGGUUCAAGGAUGGAGGUACGACAAGGAAGGGGCAUUUCUUGUUGUAUGAUACUGGCCUUCAUGUUAGGACGCGUGAGUGCUAUAAAUGGUGCAAUUGGGCGGUUGGGAUAUACGGAUUGUAUGCGUACGAUGAGGUUGAUAACAAAUGGGAUUAUGAGAUUCCAUGGCCUAGUAAUCAUAGGGAUGUAGAUGAACAAAACGUUCGAUGA